AUGCAAUUCUGCCGCUAUUUUACGGUCAUCAUGACCUGCCAGAACGCGUGGCAGUUCCGGCUACAGGCGCAUGAGAAUGCAGACGCCGGCUUCCAGCAGUCCAGCUUUCGCAUCAUCCUCAUUGACUCCUGUGGAAGCUUAAUGAGCAUGCUCCAGCACAUCGAGACGGCCUACUACAGCAACGGCAACUUCACGGUGGCCGUGGAUUUUGAGGGCGUGGACUUGUGUCGUACAGGCGAGCUAUGCCUGCUCCAGAUUACGUGCAGUGACGAUCCGACGCUCGUGUAUGUCCUGGACGUGCAUAUCUUGGGCCAGAAAGCCUUUCUUCUCGACACACCGAGAGGGAUGUCCAUGAAGACCUUGCUCGAGGAUCAGCGCCUCGGCAUCCUCGAGCGGGAGCUCCUGCCCAUUUCCUUGCAAAGGCGCUGUAUGAAGCUCUGGUUCGAUCCCCGAAACGACGUCGACGCUCUGAAUGUGUUCGAUCUCCAACUGGCCGAGGUGGCAGUUCGAAGGAGCGGCAGGGUGACGGCCCUCAAUCCCUAA